UUUGGUAGAUUUUAACAUUUGUGUGUACUGUGUCAGUCUAUGAGCUGAAAAUGGCUUAGCUUACUUUUUUUCUGUUCUUUUUAAUGUCCCCUGAACAUUAGGUCUGCUCCAAGAAAAACCAUGGCUGCGAAGGAGAAGCUGGAAGCAGUAUUAAACGUAGCCCUGAGGGUGCCCAGCAUCAUGCUGCUGGACGUCCUUUACCGGUGGGAUGUCAGCUCCUUCUUUCAGCAGAUCCAAAGAAGCAGCCUUAAUAACAAUCCUCUUUUUCAAUAUAAGUAUUUGGCCCUCAACAUGCAUUAUGUAGGUUAUAUCCUAAGUGUUGUGCUGCUAACCCUGCCUAGACAGCAUCUGGUUCAGCUUUAUCUCUACUUUUUGACUGCCCUGCUCCUCUAUGCUGGACAUCAAAUAUCCAGGGACUAUGUUAGGAGUGAACUGGAGUCUGCCUAUGAAGGACCAAUGUAUUUAGAGCCUCUUUCCAUGAAUCGGUUUACCACAGCCUUAAUAGGGCAAUUGGUGGUUUGUACUCUGUGCUCCUGCGUCAUGAAAACAAAGCAGAUCUGGCUCUUCUCUGCUCACAUGCUCCCUUUGCUCGCUCGACUCUGCCUGGUUCCUCUGGAGACCAUUGUCAUCAUCAACAAGUUUGCUAUGAUCUUUACUGGACUGGAAGUUCUCUAUUUUCUUGGUUCUAAUCUCCUAGUACCUUAUAACCUUGCUAAGUCUGCCUACAGAGAAUUGGUUCAGGUAGUGGAGGUCUAUGGCCUUCUUGCCUUGGGAAUGUCCCUGUGGAAUCAGUUGGUAGUUCCGGUUCUCUUCAUGGUUUUUUGGCUGGUUUUGUUCGCUCUCCAGAUCUACUCCUAUUUUAGUACUCGAGACCAGCCAGCCUCACGUGAGAGGCUGCUUUUUCUUUUCCUGACGAGCAUUGCUGAAUGCUGCAGUACCCCUUACUCUCUUCUGGGCUUAGUCUUCACCGUCUCUUUCGUUGCCUUGGGUGUCCUGACACUCUGCAAGUUUUACCUACAGGGUUAUCGAGCUUUCAUGAAUGAUCCUGCCAUGAACCGGGGUAUGACCGAAGGAGUCACACUGUUGAUCCUGGCAGUGCAAACAGGCCUAAUCGAGUUGCAGGUGGUGCAUCGGGCCUUCCUGCUCAGCAUUAUCCUCUUCAUUGUGGUGGCAUCUAUCCUGCAGUCCAUGCUGGAGAUUGCUGACCCCAUUGUGCUGGCGCUCGGAGCUUCCAGAGACAAGAGCAUGUGGAAACAUUUCCGUGCUGUGAGCCUCUGCUUAUUCCUGCUGGUAUUUCCUGCUUAUAUGGCCUAUAUGAUCUGCCAGUUCUUCCACAAGGAUUUCUGGCUUCCUUAUCAUUAUUUCCAGAGCAGCAUUCUCACCUCUCUUCAGGUUCUGGGAACACUUUUUAUUUAUGUUUUAUUUAUGGUUGAAGAAUUCAGAAAAGAGCCCGUAGAAAAUAUGGAUGACGUCAUCUAUUAUGUGAAUGGCACUUACCGUCUACUGGAGUUUCUUGUGGCCCUCUGUGUGGUGGCAUAUGGCGUCUCAGAAACCAUAUUUGGAGAGUGGACAGUAAUGGGCUCAAUGAUCAUCUUCAUUCAUUCCUAUUACAAUGUGUGGCUUCGGGCCCAGCUGGGGUGGAAGAGCUUCCUUCUUCGCAGAGAUGCUGUAAAUAAGAUUAAAUCAUUACCCAUUGCCACGAAAGAGCAGCUUGAGAAGCACAAUGAUAUCUGUGCUAUCUGUUAUCAGGACAUGAAGUCUGCUGUGAUUACCCCUUGCAGUCAUUUCUUUCAUGCGGGCUGUCUGAAGAAAUGGCUGUAUGUCCAGGAGACCUGCCCUCUGUGCCAUUGCCACCUCAAACACUCCUCACAGCCUCCAGGUAGUGUGACUGAGCCAGCCCCUCCACCUCCACCUCCACCUCACACAGGGGCGGAGCCUGCGGCAGACCUGCCGGAGCCCACAGGCCCAGGGCAGCCUCAGGGCCCAAGACUUCCAGAAGGUUCUCCAGACAGUGUUGAGGGCUCGAGGCAGUUAGAGAGCCUCCAAGAGUGUCCUUUGAAUGUGAAGGAUGAAGCAAGACCAAAGGACCAGCAAGUGGCAGCUGACCUGGAGGAGAAGCCACAGGAGUGAUGCAGAGCCACUCAUGAGGUAACGCCCAUGGCCGGAUACUGCUCAGACCUGCGCAGGAAAUGUGACAUUCUGCAGAUCUCACCCAGGUGGCGCUGAGUGGAGACACCUCCUGCACCCCCAGCCUCUGGGAGGAGCUUUGCAUCGUGUGCUCAUCUGAAUGUAUCCUUACCUCUGUGCCCAUGUUUUGUAGAAGUUGACCAGGAGAAUGCAAUGCCAGCUGCUCUAGGAACUGGCCCUGAUAGCAAGGGGUGAGACAGCAGGGCUGGAACUGCUGGUCAGGGUUCCAGGCAGGAGACCGAGGCUGAACUGAUGCCUCCUGGCAUGGGAGUGGGCCAGUCCUGCUUCACCCUGCCCCUGAGCUAUUGGAUCUCAAGUCAGGUGCUUCUUGUGCUUUGUACGGAUAGGAAGGGAAAUCAAAGAUCAAAAAGUACAGAUUGUACCCCAGAAGGCAGCACACACAGACAU